GCUUUCCUUCCGGUUUUGUCUUCCGGUUUGUGACAAGCUGCGUUUUGGACAUUUUUUUGAAGCUUUUGACAAUGUCUACAGAAAAGUCCUCGGUGAACCUUCUGGAGCAGUUUGUUUUAUUAGCUAAAACUGCCAAAGGAGCAGCGGCCGUCAGUCUGGUCAGUCAGGUGUUGGAGGCGUCGGGGAUAUAUGUGUUUGGAGAGUUGCUCGAUAUGCCUAACAUACAGGAGCUUUCUACAGUCGCAGCACCUCACUUUCAAGCACUGAAUUUGUUUGCAUUUGGUACAUACAAAGAUUACAAAGCUAACAGAGAUAAUUUUCCAAAAUUAACACCUUUACAGAUGACAAAAUUACGACAUCUGACUAUUGUUUCCUUAGCAACAAAAAGCAAGUGCAUUCCUUACUCUGUUCUUCUUGAUGAAUUAGAUUUGGAAAAUGUCCGGCAGCUAGAGGAUUUGAUAAUAGAGGUGAUCUAUGCCGACAUAAUCCAUGGUAAACUGGAUCAGAAGAAUCAACAGUUGGAGGUCGACUACGCUAUUGGUCGAGACAUCCGAACUGAAGCUGUGCCAGAAGUGAUCUCAGUUCUACAGGACUGGUGUGCCAGUUGUGAGCUGGUUCUUAAAGGAAUUGAAGACCAGAUUGCCAAAGCCAAUUCAAACAAAGAACAUCAUAACAAGAUUAAGUCACAGAUUGAAACGGAGGUGGCCAACAUCAAAAAGACACUGAAAAGUACGCAACAGCAAGAUGUUGAUGAGCAGAUGGUUACCGACAGCUCCAUGGCCACACAGUCAGACAAGCCCACAAAAAAGGCUACAAAAACGAAAGGUUUACGUGGAAGCAGUGCCACCAAGUUAUGGAAAUAACACAGUGACUGACAUUUCACUUGAGACAUUAUGUUAGAGAGGGAAAAUGUUUGGAAAGAUGCAGCUGUUUUACAGUUUGUAGAAAUAUUUUAACAACCAAGUCAACUUUCCAUAAUGCAAGAAUGUGGAUGUAACUGAAGUUAUGCAGACAUUUGUUACGCUCAAAGUGAGAACAUGUUAUGUAAAAUCCAAAUGGAUUGCUUAUGAAGAAUUCUUCUGAUAUUUCUGGUAUAAAAACAACAGACUUGUGUUAUUCAAAACAUUCAGUGCCCUGGACUGAAUAGCAAAAGGAUGUGAAGAAUGGAUAGUAUGUCAUCAUUCAUCAAGUGAUUUCAGGCAAUCUCAAGAAAGUUAAGAAAUGUGGAGGUUUUCUUCCAUCAUGAAAUGUGUGCAGCACAAGAUAUUUGCAGAGUUUCAUGUAACUGGUGGGACUGCAGUUUGACCCAUGUCUGGUUGCAUUAAAACAUAAUUUUAUAAGAGUAGAUUUGAAGAAGGUGAAAUCUGCAGUAAUAUGGUGUGCUAAGCUAUUCCUAAAAUAAUGGUAUUUAGCGGUAACCAAUCAACAGGUUAUUGAAUGGAUUGAGAUUUCAUGUUGAUUGUUAAUCGAUGUGCUUGAGCAGUGUCAUUAAAGAACAACAUACUUUAA